AUGCUGACGACUUCUUCCAGUGUGAUGAAGGGCUCCCAGCCUGAUCCAAAUGGCGGAGUCUCUUCCUCCUCCUCUGCAUCACUCCCAGCUCCACCAGUGACAACGACUCCUCUUUCUGCAGCGACAAAGAGUCUUCAGGUCGACACUCGACUUCUGGAAGCAAACCUCCUCCACCAUUACUACACCCACACUCAUCUGACAGUAGCCGACGACAACCACAGCCGAACUCAAUGGCACAGCGUCUUAUCCAAAGUGGCAACCGGGCACUCCUCCACAGUAGACAGUCUCCUAGCAUUCACAGCCCUGCACCUGGCGGAUCUUGAACCCAACCGGAGACAAUUCUGGACGAUCAUCGCCUUCGACUACAGCGACAAAGCAUGCUCCGCGCUCUCCAAGAUUGUCAUCCGGCUAUCCGCCGCCACGGCCAACGGCGGCUCUGAUCCAUCCGCGAAUUACCUGGACGAGGUCCUGCGAAUAGCAAAGUUGGUUCGCGGGUGUGUCUUGCUGGGACCCAAGACUAGUUCAUUCAGCCAGAUAGCGGAGGGAACAGACGAUGGCAGGCCCGGAAGUCCUCAGGACAAUCCGCAGAAACUGACCAGAAGCUAUCAUGCAGCCUCCAGAAUACAUAACUUUGCUUCUCAAAUCCUCUCCCAACUCUACCAGACACCCGCGGGCAUCCCGGCACAGAACCAUGCGGCAAAUGUAGCCGCCACUCAACACGUACUGUCACAGAUCGCCGAGAGGGACACGCCCCGGCGGCUGGACAUGGGGGCCUUGCCCAUUUGGCCUGUCUUCUUCUCGGAGGCUUUCGCCGACCUGCCUAAGGCGCGGGACUUCGUCGCCCGGCUCAUCUUCCUGCUUUAUCCGCUGGCAUUGCACUUCUUCAGGGAUGCCUGGUUUUGUUGGAGACAUGGGGAAGAGUCUCAGCAAAGAGCUGAUCUCGCGUGA